CAUGUCGAUAAGGCCAUGAUCGUCUGAUACGUCUCAACUCUCCUGCCCUCCCUCUCCCAUCCUUCAGAAAUGAUAGUCAGCACCGGUGGACCACCGCCCAAUGGGCGAGCUCCCGGAGUAAAGUGGCAUAAGGUAAAACACGAAAAGCGUUAUUUUCAUUCCCUCCUCCCAUCGACCCCACCCAAAACCGCUCUCCAAAAAAACUACUCGUACAGGUAAAGUAAUCGCCACACAAAUUAUGUGGCAAAAAGCCCCGAGAUCGACAUAGCAUACCAGCACGGUACUCGUACAGUAUUCGAGUGCCCGCAGACGGUGGAAGAGAGACAAAAAAUGAAAAUGGGAAUAAAGAUUAGAAGAAGUCGCAUGGGACUCGUACUGUACCGGUGAUACACUUUUUUCUUCUUCUUCUUAUCUUGCCAUUUUCUAUUUCCGGCGAAUCGCACCCUGCGGAUAACAUGAAUGGGGUACCGGUAGAUGCUCUUACUCGUACGGCGGAUAUAAUAUCAACGAGGUAGGGGGAUGCUGGCAAGCGGGGCAGGGCUUAAUGGUUUAUUGCCGCUGUCGUGCAGUGAGACGCAAUUCCGAGCUCUCUCCGAAAUGAGGAGUACCGUACCCGUACGGUAGGGAGGGGCGACGAUCAAUCGACGCAAGUGGGGAAAUUUGGCGAAAGCAUGAGAUUUUGGGGAAAUUGCGAUGAGAUGGGGAUGGAAUACUCGUCGGAGGAUGGAUGGGUGGAGGGAAGUUCGAAUCGCGACAUCCUUUACGGUACUGUACUGUAACUGUGGGAUACAUACUGUACGAUAUGGUGGAGGUGACUGCUAAUCCCGAAUGUGAUGAGUUACCGUGCUCACAGUACGGUACAGUGCAAAUUAUAUUCAACAUGAGCAUACCUGGGCUCAACUCGGGCUUGAAGAGAAAGGAGAUUUCGGGUGGAUCGUGUGUCGCACAUGUGUUUGUAUUUAGUGCUCCGUUACGGUAUUCCUCUACCGGUAGACUACAUAGUACGGUAGUCUACCAUCUGAUUAACUCUCGAGGAUCAAGUCCGGGUUAUGAUAUUAGGUUACGAUACUACCGGGAUACACCCU